AUGGAGUCAGACAUCUCACAAGCCUUCCAGGAAGAACUCACAUGCUUCAUUUGCCUGAACUGCCUUACAGACUCAGUCACCAUAAGCUGUGGACACAGCUUCUGGCCCUGCCUCUGCCUCUCCUGGGAGAAUAUCCAACCUCCUGUCCAUUGCCCUGUAUGUAAGGAACCAUUCCAGCAGAAGGACCUCAGAACUGACCUUCUUCAGAAGGAGCUGGUGUCCAUUUCCAGACAAGCUAGCCUCAGGAAGUGCCUGAGCUCUGAGGAGAACCUGUGUGUGACCCACAAGAAGACAAAGAGGAUCUUCUGUCAAGAGGACAGGAUCCUGCUCUGUCAGCUCUGCUCCAACUCUGAGGAGCAUGAAGGUCAUACUCUGUCCACUGAAGCAGCUGUUGAGCAGAGGGAGAAACUACUAGAGCAAAUGACAUGCUUAUGGGAAAAGAUCCAAGAAAAUCAGAGGAAUCUAAAUGAAGAGAAGAAAAUAAUCUUAGCUUGGAUCGGUUAUGUGCCUCUACAAGAAGUGUUGGUCAGGACAGAAUAUAGGAAACUGCAUCCAGUCAUCCUUGAGGAAGAGAUGCAACGUGUAGAGAGUCUGAAAAACGAAGGCCAAAGUAUUUUAGAGAAAAUACAGAAAAGCACAGCCAUAAUGGUACAAAAGAGGAAUCAACUAAUAGAAACGUGUCAGGAACUGGCCGCAAAGUGCCAGAGUACAUACAUGGAGCUACUCCAGGAUUUGAGAGAAAUAUCAACAAGGAGUGAGCCAGUGCAGCUGUGCAUGCCCCAGCCUGUGAAACUAGCACUCAGUGCCCAGCCCAUCAUGGGACUGAUCCACAGAGUCAACUGUUUCCAAGGGGUCUGUAAAGAUUCUCACUUAAGUAAGUGUGGUCCCCUGAUUGAAUUGAAGGAUGUGUUCCUUCUUGUAUUUUUGAAGGAGGGUGAUCAUUACAGCCUCCUGACUACCUCCCCAUCACUUCCUCACUAUGUAGAGAUACCACUGGGCCAGAUUGGUGUGCUCCUUGAUUGUGACUUUGGAAGUGUGAGUUUCUUGAAUGUGGCCAAGAAUUCCCUCAUGAGGUACCCUGCUGGUUCCUUCAAUUUCCCUGUCAGGCCUUUCUUCUCCAUUGGCCACACAUGA